AUGGAGGAAAAGCCCCGACACGCGGCGCCCCUGCCAGAGCGCCGGAGGCCUCCGAUCGCAUCAGCGACACCGCGCAGGGGAGCCCAGUUACCGGCAGUCGCCGGGGAGACCGCGGCGGAGUGCGCGGCGGUCCUCUGUUGCUUCCCCUUCUGCCUGGCGAGCCUGGUCGUCGUUUCCGCCGUCAAGCUGCCAUCCGCGAUCGUCCAGCGCGCGCGGCGGAGGCGGAGAAGAGAGGUCCACCUGAAGGAGAAGAGAACAAAAGCCAACGGGAACAAAGUCAUCGCCUUUCACGAUGACGAGAACAACAUCCUCCGCGGGUUCAUCUUGGCGGCGGAGGAGGCGGAGGAGGCGGAGGAGUCUUCACCGGCGAAGACGACGUCGGAGGAGUUGGUGGAGUUGGAGAAGGUCAUGAUCGCGAAGUUCUACGGCGCCGGGUUCUGGCGGAGCCCUUCGCAGAGGGAGAAGUGA